AUGGUUAAUCUAAAUACUGUUAAACCAAGAAAUGGUAGAAACUAUUAUAUCGCAUUAGGUUUAGAAGGUUCUGCUAACAAAUUGGGAGUGGGUGUUAUCAAGCACCCUAGAUUAGUAAGCAUGUCUCAAGGCGACAAUUCUCAUAAUUGUGAUGUAGAAAUCUUAUCAAACAUAAGAGACACUUAUGUAACACCUCCUGGUGAAGGAUUUCUACCUCGUGAUACCGCCAGACAUCAUCGGAAUUGGGUCAUUAGAAUUAUCAAACAAGCAUUAGAGAAAGCAGAAAUUAAGGAUCCUAGGUUGGACAUUGAUGUUAUUUGUUUUACUAGAGGACCAGGCAUGGGUGCACCUUUACAUUCGGUAGCAAUUGCUGCACGUACCUGCUCUCUGAUAUGGGACGUUCCAUUAGUUGGUGUAAACCAUUGUGUUGGUCACAUUGAAAUGGGUAGAGAGAUUACGAAAGCCGAGAAUCCUGUUGUGUUGUAUGUCAGUGGUGGUAACACUCAGGUUAUUGCUUACUCUGAAAAUAGAUAUAGAAUAUUUGGUGAAACCUUGGAUGUAGCAAUAGGGAACUGUUUGGAUAGAUUUGCCAGAACUUUGAAGAUCCCAAACGCACCCUCACCUGGUUAUAAUAUUGAACAACUCGCAAAUAAUUGUAAAAAUAAAGACAGACUAAUUGAGUUACCAUACACCGUAAAAGGUAUGGAUCUGUCAAUGAGUGGUAUAUUAGCAUAUAUUGAUUCCUUGGCAAAGGAUUUAUUUAGAGGUAAUAAGAAGAACAGACUUAUAUUUGACCGAGAAACUGGCGAACCUAAAAUAACAGUAGAGGACCUAUGUUACUCUUUACAAGAGAACUUGUUUGCCAUGCUUGUAGAAAUUACAGAAAGGGCAAUGGCUCAUGUAAAUGCUUCACAAGUCUUGAUUGUAGGAGGGGUUGGAUCUAAUACAAGACUACAGGAGAUGAUGGGACAGAUGUGCAAAGACCGUGCAAAUGGUAGGGUUCAUGCUACAGAUGAAAGAUUUUGUAUUGAUAAUGGGGUGAUGAUAGCACAGGCUGGUCUCCUUCAAUAUCGUAUGGGUGACUACGUAAAAGAUUUUUCGGAGACAGUAGUGACCCAAAAGUUUAGAACCGAUGAGGUUUAUGUAUCUUGGCGUGAUUAA